AUGCCUAUUUCUGAACAUGAUGAAACUUUGAGAAACGUCUAUAAACAUAUUACCAUACAUACAGAUCGGGUAGCUAUUCCUGUCCAGGAUCAACAUGCUUCAAAUAAUCAGACUCAUGAUGAUAAUGCCAAUAAAUUUAAGAGCUCGGUGUCUUUCAACACUGUUCCGGUAACUUUGGGUUACUCAUCCCUAGAUGAUGAUGAUGUAGAGUUUACUGGUGUGAAAUUUCCAUCUGAUUACUCCUAUGAAGAAUUUUAUGAUGAUGAUGAUGAUUAUAUGGAUAACUAUUCUGCUAAUUCAAAAGGUUUCCUAUCGGUACCAAGUGUUAAAUAUCGUGGUGUUUCUCCUCCCCCUAAUGCCAGAAGUACAAAACGCAAUAGUGCUUCUCUGAAUGAUAUGUUCAGAGUUGCAGAAAAUGGUAGAAUUGUAAGAAUCGAUUAUCCAAGUAGACCAAGUGUCACUAGUGAUGCUAUCGUGAUAAACAAAAUCCAAUCCGACUGGCAUGAGCUUUGGAGACAAAGGAAACACUUGAUAGAGAAAAGAGUUAUGAGGAAGGAAGAUUUCUUUAAGUCGCCACAAUAUUUAUUCUCUAAACCUGUACAAAGAAAAAUAAUAUCCGAUGAUGGUUACACACUAUUGACUAAAAAUCAACGAAGAAAAGAAGAGAUCUUAAAAUCAAAUCAAGGUUUCCCCAAUACUCCAAGAACAAUAGUCGUGCAUAUCAGUGGAAGAAGACACACCUGGGUUGCUUUAGAUUGGACAAUCACAGAAUUGUCGAAAGAUACUGAUCAUAUAGUUGUCAUCACUAAUCUUCCAUCGACUACCACUUCCCAAGACGGUUACUAUAGUGAUGGAACUCGUUAUAAUAGCAAUUCAAGGUCAAGAUCAAGGUCAAGGUCAAGAUCGAGAUCUCAAAAUUAUAGAAGCUCUUCCAUGGCACCAUCCGUAACAAAUAUAAUGUCAGAUGAAUGGAUUUCAAUAUAUAGUAGAGAAGAUGUGGAGAGAAAAAUUGAAGACAUUUUUGAAUAUAUCAUGGUAAUAUUACCUCCAAAGAGAUCAAUUAAAGUAACAAUUGAAGUCAUCUUAGGUAAGACUUCAAAGGUUCUCUUGAAUGCAACAAAUGUUUACUCUCCAGAUUUUUUUGUUUCGAGCACAUUGAAAUGGAAAAGAACUGAUAAUAUGGUAACUUGGAAGGGAAGGCGUAUUGGUGAUAUGAUAUGUACCGAACUACCAACUCCUGUAUUCAUAGUACCAACUAAAAGAUUAUUUGAGUACCAAUUAAAAUUGCAAAGAGAUUUUUCAAAGAAUAGCAUUAAAGGUAAAAUUGCAUAUGAAGAUGGGAUUGCGACUGUUUCAACAGUAGAUGCUGACGAUGGAUCAUUUACAAAACAUGACUUGAUCUCAACGGAUUCUAUCACUGCGGACCUUAUCACUGAAUAUAAUUCUGAUGAUGAAGAUUUUAGUGAUAGUGAUGUAAGAAGUACAAAAUCCGCAAUUUCCAACACUAAGGAAAAAUUACAUAGCUUUGCUGUUGCUCAUAGAUCUACAAUGGUUAAACAUUUAAAUGAGGUCGAAAAUUGUGAAAGAUUAGAUAAUGGAGAUAAAUUAUUAAAAAGGAUGGAUGUUAUUAUCAAAACUUCACUAGAGUUUGUGACAGAUUUAGACAACAUAUCAAUUACCGAUGUAGAUGACCAAAGCUCUGAAUUUGUUGAAUUAAAAAAAGUCUUAACUGGGGGUGUUGUCAUGCCUGCCCCUUCAUCUAAAAAGUCUAUGGUUGACGUUGUCUCUAAUAAAAAAUCUUCAAAAGUAAAAUCUCGUAGGCAAAAUUCAUCUCAAAUUAAAUUUGCAUCAAACGUCAAGUCAACCGAUGGUAUAGAUGCCUUAGGUAAUACUUCAAGACCGAGUAGAAGCCGGUCCAGAUCUCCUCAAAGAAACUCCAGUUUGCCAGAGAGAAGAUCUCUAGAUUUGGCGCCAGUCAGCUCUUAUAACCCUAAUACCUCACGUUCAAUUACAGAUAUGCAUAAAAAGAAUCAAAAGGUUACUUCUGGAUCUUUAAGAAAAGUCAAGAGUACAAGUAAUAUGGAUAAAGUUAAAACAGAAUAUUCCAAUGGAUCAAAAAGUACCUCAAAGAAAUCAAAGAAAAAAAGCAGUUUCUUUUCAUUCCUGUUUCCAAAGUGA